CCUCCUCCCUUUCAUUCCUUACCCCCUCAACCAUCACCCCUUCGGCCUUCAUGAGGCUGUACUCGUUAUUAGCUCUGGGCAGCGGCGUGUUUGUGCUUUUAAGAACAGCCGUCAUAUCGUGGGCCGGGGUGCUGACCACGCAGGCGUUCUUCAGAGGCAUGCUGCAGUCCGUCUUCCGCGCCCCCAUGGCGUUCUUUGACUCAACACCUAUCGGAAGGAUCUUAUCGAGGGCCUCCACAGACCAGAGCGCCCUGGACUUGGACCUGCCAUUCCGAGUUCGGGUCUCUCCUCGCCAUGCUGUUCCAGCUGCUGGGCAUCCUCUUCGUCACCUCCAUCAUCACAUGGCCGGUGUUCUACGCCAUCAUCCCCCUGGCGUACCUCUACUUCUCCUUCCAGGAGUACUACCUGACAACAUCUAGGGAGCUUUCCCGCCUGAAUGGCGUCACCAAGGCACCCAUCAUCGAACAUUUCAGCGAGUCCCUGUCAGGGGCAGCGGUCAUCCGCGCAUUCGCCCAGCAGCCCCGCUUCGCUCAUAAGAACGCCGAGAGGGUCGACACCAACAACCGAGUGGCCUUCCACUAUGGCGCCUGCACCGUGUGGCUGGGCGUUCAUUUGGAGCUAUUGGGAGCUCUGCUGCUCUGUUUCUCGGCGCUCAUGCUCGUAUGGCUGCCUCCCUCGGUCAUUUCGCCAG